CCAAAACACGGAGCUGUCAUCCCCGAUUUGGAGUUUUUUUCGGCAAAGAAAACCCCGCAUUUAAACAUGAAUUUCUUAGUGAAAAUCGUUCUUCUGAUUAACUUCUUGGCAUUCAACACGUUCCUCCACGUGCAGGCCAACUCUCUAGAGUACGAUGGCUGGCUGAAUAUUGCUCUUUAUCACGCCUUGGACUACGACGAGCCGACCAAGUUCACUCUCCGGGGCAACGUGACCAUCACGAACCGCAACACCGGUCUGGCAUCGGUCGCCCAGGAACCGCUCUCGCUGCAGGAUCGCAAUAAACUGAAGCGCCUAGCCCAAGAGAAUCGACUUUAUCGAUUGCAGGCACACGUUACCGAUUCCGACGGGGUUACCACUUUCCUGACCUCCUCCAAAGCGUGCGCUCUGGCCAAAUCACAGCUGACGGAUGUACUGUGGGUUUCGCUCGACCACACCGGCACCGUAACCGGGGUUACGCAGUCCGUCAGCAACGGUAACACGAACAACUGUCUUGACCUAACCACCAGUGAUGUGGAUGUGCUCGAUGAGUUCAACACCGACGUGUAUGUGAAGCACACCGAAUCGGCUCCCAUUCCCGAUACGGCCAGCUUCAUCCAGAAGAUGGAACGAGAACGCGAAGCCAGGGAGCGUGGUGAAACGAAGGACAAUCGUAGCUUCUUCGCGAAAUAUUGGAUGUACCUUGUGCCGGUAGUCAUUCUGUUACUAAUCUCUGCCACCAAUCCGGAAGCUGGACAGCAACGUUAAGCCUUAACGAGUGUGUUUGCCUAGCCGUAUUACGAAACCAAAAAAUACGAACAAUAAAACGCAAUCC